AUGAAAAUGCCAGCCUACAAAGAUUUGCUGGUGUUUGCCGCACUCUCUGUCUUCUUGGGAUCGGUCCAGUGUCAAAAGCUGUCUAGCUUUGAUCUGCUGGAGGAGUUUCGUGUGCCGGAGUCCAGAGGAGUGAGGAGGGUGUAUGGCUCCCAACCGGAGGCGGUGGCGUACCGCAUCAACCCCUCCAUCCAUCUACGCAGGACCAUGAGUGACGUGUAUCCAGAUGGACUUCCCUCCGACUACUCCGUCAUCGCCACCUUUAAGGUGACCAAUGACACUGCCAGGAGGAACUGGAACCUGUGGCAGGUCAGCGACCCUGAGGGAAGGGAGCAAGUCGGCCUGCGAUUCCAGGGCGACACGCGCUCUUUGGACUUCUUCUACACCAGCCCCCUGGGGAGCCAGAUGCUGAGGACUUUCCAUGGCGUGGAGAAACUGUUCAACGGAGAGUGGCACAAGUUGGCGCUGAGCGUGAAGGGCAGACAAGUGAAGCUGCUGAUAGACUGUGAGGAGGUCAGUGUGGAGUCCAUGGAUGAGUCGAGGCCUGUCAUCCGCCAGGGGUACACAUCCAUCGUAAAGCGAGCAGCAGGAGAUCGCUCUGUGUCUGUGGAUCUACAGCAGAUGGAUGUGUCGUGUGACCCAGAGCAGCCUUACUCAGAGGGCUGCUGUGAGCUCUCCAGUGUGUGUGGAGGGUAUGCAGAGAUCGGUCUAACAGCUGGAAGAGCAGCUUGCAAAUGUAUGCACGGACAACCAGGCAUUCAGGGACCUCCAGGGCCAAAGGGUCAUAGAGGUCUUCCAGGGAAGGCUGGAGACCAAGGAAGACAAGGAAACUGGGCCAUCAGGGGAAACACAGGAGACUACGGCAACAUUGGCGAGCCAGGCCUAAAGGGGGAAGAAGGAAUCAAAGGCGAGAAAGGAAUGAGAGGACUCUGGGGCCAAGUGGGAGACCGAGGUCCUCAGGGGCUGAAGGGAUUGAGAGGGGCAGCAGGGUUCAAGGGAGUUCGUGGAGCUGCUGGGGACAUCGGAGGGACUGGGAAAUCAGGAGAAGUUGGAGCUAAAGGCGAAAGAGGAUACGAAGGGAUUCCUGGGUUUCAAGGUGUUAAGGGAAAUAAAGGGAAGACUGGUGCGACGGGGCCUCCUGGGCCCAGAGGAAAGCAGGGAAUUGUAGGAGAUCCUGCAGAGAGGGGUGCAGCUGGAGAGAAGGGGAAGCCUGGGAUCCAAGGUCCUGUGGGCAGAGCUGGCACCGUCGGGCCAAAGGGUAUUAUUGGAGAUCCAGGCAUAUUUGGCAGAGAUGGUGAUCCUGGAAUAGAGGCUCAUCAAGGUUCACAAGGUCAUAGUGGAAAACUUGGACGAUCCGGAACAAAGGGGGAGAAAGGCACCCUGGGGCCGGCAGGAGACAUGGGUCCCCAAGGCCGAACCGGCCCAAGAGGUUACAAGGGUUCUGCGGGGAAACCAGGGAGACCUGGAUUCAUCGGCCCACCGGGGCCCACUGGACAUGUGGGUGUGCCUGGAAAACCCGGGUCCAAGGGUAACACAGGAAUCCAGGGAAUCCAAGGAGUUAAAGGUGGACAGGGAGACAAAGGAGUUAAAGGCCCAAAGCCGAAGGCUGGAGACAGAGGGGAGCAGGGUCUCCAGGGAGGACGGGGGAAGCGCGGCCCCGCAGGCCCUCCUGGACGUUCAGGUCCGGUCGGAGUCAAGGGGGUUCGAGGUGAAGGAGGACCAGAUGGCUUUCAGGGGCCCCCGGGUCCACCAGGUCCAACCCUCCCCGCCGAACACGUGAUCGAGGUUUGUAAGAUGGUGGUGCUGGAGCAGAUGUCUACCUUCGCCAACUCAGUGAAGAGGACAUGUGCUGCUGUCUGUCCUCUGUAUGGUGACGUGCCCAUGGGUGCCCCCGGUCCCCCCGGACAGAAGGGACCCCCCGGACCCUCUGGCAACCCUGGUAACGACGGUGUUGCUGGAGAACAGGGUCAACAGGGUUUCUACGGAGAAGCUGGAGAUCUGGGACGAAAGGGAGAAACAGGUGACAAAGGAGAGCUAGGAGAUAAAGGAGUGAAGGGUCAUGGCUUUCCUGGCUACACUGGCGACCAGGGAACACAGGGUAAGCGUGGACGUCCUGGCAGAGCCUUCAACGGGCAGCCAGGGAAGCAGGGCGAGCGGGGACAUGCAGGCCAGCCUGGACUCAGGGGCCACCCGGGUCUCAGAGGACCCCCCGGUGUCUGCCUCACCUCCGGGUGCUCCCAGCCCGAACCUACCAGUGGCACACCUCAGCCAGCACCGCGGAGGUUGAGGAAUCGUGCAUAGAGGAAGAACAGUGGACAGUGAAUUGAAUAGUGAGCUUAAAGGAGGAAAACAUUGACAGAUUGAUUUUUGUUAAUACGUGUUUUGAUCAAAUAAAUUGACAUUUUUGUGUAAAUAUGCAACUAAAACCUGAGCUAAACUUCUGCAAACAAAGACAACGACCACAGUAUGUGAGUGAUAACAAAGUAUGUUUGUAUAAAAAGACCAUCUUCAUUUGAUAAUUUAAUUUGAACUGAUUUCAGUCUGAGUUGUCUUUAAACACCUGUGCUUUAUAAUAAAAAUACAAAAAGACUUCUGUUCUUUUAAACUAUUGUGUGAAAACCAUAGCUCUGUUAUCGGGGAUGGGAUAUGAGAC